GGACCUCCGGGGUCUACAAGUGCCGAACGUAGCAGGCCAAGAUGUCGAUCAGCCUCACAUGAUGGCGUCGUCGAACAAAAUCCUGGUAUUACGAAUUGCCCCGAGCCGGUAGAAUGCGAACUGCCCGAGCGAGGGAGUUGAGGGUUGAGGGCUAAAUCGAGUUGAGAAGGUGGCAAGAAGCAUUUGACGUUCAUUCAGGGGUAUUCAACGCCGAGUUUCGACUUCACUUCCAAGAUCGAAACCACCAGGACGCUGCUCAACUUUCAACUAUAUAAAGCCGGGGAGACAACCCUCAUCCAAACCCCUUUUUUUCCUUUGCUCCUCAUCUCGACCACAAUCUCCCAAUCGACAAGCCAAGGUCUCCGAAAAUGGUCAAGCUCUCUUCCUUCCUCGUGGCAGCCGCCAGCGGCGCGGCCCUCGCCGCCCCCAAGGCCAAAAUGUCCAACGGUCUCGGCGACUACUCUCUCGAGAAGCGCCAGUCCACUCCCAACUCGCAGGGCUACCACGACGGGUUCUUCUACUCGUGGUGGAGCGACGGCGGUUCUCCCGCCACCUACACCAACCUUGCCGGCGGCUCCUACGAGGUCUCGUGGCAGAGCGGUGGUAACCUCGUCGGAGGCAAGGGCUGGAACCCCGGUGUUGAUGCUCGCGCCAUCGACAUCUCCGGCACCUACGAGUACAACGGCAACAGCUACCUUGCCGUCUACGGCUGGACCCGUAACCCUCUCGUCGAGUACUACAUCGUCGAGAACUUCGGCGACUACGACCCCUCCUCGAACGCCAACAGGCUGGGCACCGUCGACUGCGACGGCAGCGUCUACGACGUCGCCGAGAGCUGGCGCUACGACGCUCCCAGCAUUGACGGCACCCAGACAUUCCAGCAGUACUGGUCUGUCCGCCGCAACAAGCGCACCGGCGGUGUCGUGCAGACCGGGUGCCACUUCGAUGCCUGGCGCAGGGCUAACCUCCCCAUUGGUACCCACGACUACCAGAUCGUUGCCACUGAGGGCUACUACAGCAGCGGCUAUGCUCGUAUCACUGCCGCUGAUGUCGGCUAAGAGACCUUGACGUUUUGGCGAGGAGGUCGGCCCUGGGCUGUUAUCCCCCUGCAUUGUGAAGGUUCUAUAAGGGGGUUCGUGGUUAUCGGUCGGCUCUUUCUGAGGUGGAAUGGAUGCUUGCUGUUGUCUCGCGCAAGUAACGUUUCGUCGUUCCUAUUUCUUCCCCGUAUAUAUUCGCUUCGGCAAAACCUAUGACCUGCAUGAAAUGAAUAUACAGUCGAUUGCAC